AUGACGAGCCGCCCGGAUUGCCGACGUAUCGUUGAGCUACUGCUCAGACAAGGCGCCGAUCCAAAUUCUCGCUACCCUCAGACUACAAUUGCUCAUCGAGUUUUGGAAAGAAGAGGCUCAGGCCCCAACAUGAUAUGCAACAAGCGGAAUGUGUACCUCGACUUGAUCCUUCGGCACCCACUGCUCGAUGUUAAUCUUCAAGAUGGGGAGGGCACCCCAUUGAUCCAAACUGCUUUGGAAGUGGGGGAUGCAGAAGCUGCACGAAUACUAAUCGAUAGAGGCGCCGAUCUCCGUUGCAGGGACGAUUCUGGCAGGAAUAUCCUGCAUCUUGUAUCUGCUGAUGAUUGUGGAAUCGACCUCGUCCAGCAUAUAAUCGGUUUGGAACCAGAGCUCCAAUAUCAGUUCGACAAGCAUGGUAGAACCCCACUUCAAUAUGCGAUAGAUUGCCAAAAGCCAGGAAACCCAAGGGACGAGGUUAAGCUUUUGAUCUCCGCGGGUGUCGACGUCAAAGCCAGAGAUGCCAAUGGCGAUACACCGCUUCACAUACUCUUCAGAAGACCAUUUCUUCUCGUUGCAGACCAUUAUGGUGAUGCAGUCUGGCAGGGCUUCGUCAAGAAUACAAUUGACCUAUUGCUCUCGAAAGGAGCAGACAUAAACGCGCGAAAUAAGGCUGGGGAAACGCCUGCAUUCGGUUACUUCCGUGCGAGUAGCUUCAAGGUUGAUCUCAGCUGGGCAAAGAUGGAUGAAGAGAGGCAUACCCUGUCGAAGAAAUGGGGAGGGGAUAGAUGGAAGGUCAACAAGGAACUUGAAGAACAGAUUGUGGAGGAAACAGAGCCGAAGAUCUGGGCGCGUUUUACUGAGAUGGGAGUGGACUGGUCAGUUAUCAAUAUCAAAGGAGAGUCUCUACUUCAUGCUGUUACUGGCCAAGGGCGAUUAUACAGAAGGGGAGCGAGGUUCCAGUUCCUGGUGGGGAAAGGAUUAGAUCCUCUGGCGAAAGACAGGCAAGGACAAACGCCGAUGGGUAUUGCGGCUAGUGGAAAAUCGAAUGGCGCCUUGUUGUUGUAG